AUGAAGAUAUCGUGGUGGCUGAAAUGCUUUCUGCUUCCCUUGAGCAGUGUUGUCUGCAAAGAGUGCGAGGGUCCGCGGCACGCGCUGGAGUUUGAGCAGAAGGUUAUCCGGGGCAAAGGAUAUGAGAAGAGCAUGCCGCCAAACUUUGCCUCAAAGGCUGACCCUGUGGAUGUUCAAGUUCAGUUUUACUUUGCCAGUUUUGACGGUGUGGAUGAGCAGCACGAGUCAGUGAGCGUUACUGGAUAUUUGAGAACUUGGUGGAUGGACCCCAGGCUAGCUUUUGCUACGAACUCGACAGAUUCCUGCGUGGAAGCGCUUACGGUCCCGGGCGAUAUGCCGUGGAUUCCGAAGUUACAUAUCUACAACUCCAUCAAGUUGCUUGCCUGUACGGUGGCCUGUGCAGAGGGCGAGACCACACGCUCGAUCCGCAUCCGACCACGACAUGGAUCACCUGAGAAGUACAUGAACUCGAUUCUGGGGACGGGUGUGGCUGUAGUUGGAGACAGGAUGUACUCGCCAACCUGGUUCAUAGAGGGCGAGCAGCAGAUCCUGAAUCCCGGCAUCCGCACUGCGCAUUAUUGGCCAGAUCUGGGAGGCUACACCGACAUUAUCUUCCUUCCUUUUCAGUUUUCCCGCCGCCCAGGCUACCUUACGCGAAUGGUGCUGGUACCCUCCUGGCUGUUCCUGAUCGUCAGCUACACGGGCUUCUUCAUUGACCCUAAGGCGGCGCCUGCCAGGGCCGCGGUGGCCUUGCUCCCCAUCCUGAUCAUGCGCUCACUGCAAGGCUUCGUCUUCUCCAAGAUUCCUGAGGUUGCAACGUGCGUUUGGCUCAUUGACUACCUGCUGAGCUCCAUGAUCAUGUGCUGCUAUGCCGCUGUGCACCUAGCAAUUGUGCAGCUGAUCUUGAAUUGGGAAGAUAAGGCCGACAAAAAUCAGGACCGGCUCAGGAAGGUUGAACAGACCGCGAGAAAGCUCAUUAAGGAGUCCAACGACAAGGAGAAGCUUGUUGCCUUGCUGCUUGACGACUACGUGCCGAAGAAGAUGGGCGACGGGACACUGGUGUCUUACAUGGCCAACCAGGAAAGUGAGCCCAAGCGGGAGCGAGGCUUAUCCAUGAGUGAAUGGUCGAGGACAUCCUCAACGAAACACACGGCCACGUCACCAAUGCAGUCGUGGCCACAAUCACCGCGCACAGCUGACGAGUCCACCAUGGAUCCCCUGCUGGAGGAAGACCCGGCGGCAAUUGGAAUAAAGACGGAGGAGCACUUCGCUCUCAACGUCAGGCGAAACACCGCGUACUCCCCCAUCAACAAGAAACAGACUACCGAGGGGGACGUGGAAGUUAUCCGCUAUUUGCUCAACCUUUGGCAUGAGGAGGUGCCAGAACCGACAGCCACUCCAGAGAUGAUUCGAAAGGUCAUGACCAGGUUUAACAUCUACAUGACUACCAAUGAUGCCGCAAGCAUCAUGUGCAUGUUUCUUCGGGACAAGGGCUUCGACACCCCGGGCGACGUCAGCGAAGUGCGCAUCAUUUUUUCACUGUUCAUGGAGCUUCUACUGGACAUAGAGAAAUACAGGGUGAGGGUGAAGCCGCUCCCCUGGGUUCUGACGCCUUUUUCACAGGCAGCUCCAUUGUCCACACGGCUGGACGUGGGAUUGCAGAUUGCUUUUCCACUAUGUGUUGUCCUCCACGCUGGAGUCUUCUUUUCCCUAGUCGGCGCCUAUCCUCAAAACCCCGAAGUGGGUUUAGUCGCUGACCUCAAGAGCAUUAUGCUCUGGCAAUGA